AUGGGAGGGUUCUUGCACUGCUCUUGCCCUGUGGAGGACAAGCAGGCUGCCAUGGAGAGACUGCGCCGGAAGCUGGUCAAUGACCUGACGAGUGCAGCGGAAGAUGGCCGCCUGGAGCAAAUCCUCGCCCGCCCUCCGACAGCCCAAGCAGACCAGAUGGAGCUCAUCCGCCAGAAGAUGGCACGCAGCAUGUUGGCUGCUGCCGAAGACGGUCGACUUGAGCGUGCCCUGUCCCAGGAGCUGCACAGACAAGAUCUCGAGCGCGUGCGGAAAGCCGCGGCAGCCAGCAUUCUUGCAGCGGCAGAGGAUGGGCGCCUGGAGCGCACACUCUCUUCAGGGCAGAAGAAGAGAGAAGACCUCGAGCGCAUGCGGAAGGCAACGGGAGAGAGAAUACUUGCAGCCGCAGAGGAUGGACGACUGGAGAGAGCACUCAGCUUGGAGCAGCAGAAGAAGCAAGAGACCGAGCGGGUGCGGGAAGCAGCAGCCGCCACCAUACUUGCAGCCGCAGAGGACGGGCGGCUGGAGCAAGCACUUCGCGUGGAGCAGCAGAAGAAGCAAGAUCGCGAGCGAGUGCGGGGAGCAGCGGCCGCCACCAUACUGGCAGCUGCAGAGGAUGGGCGACUGGAGCAAGUACUCUUGGAGCAGCAGCAGAGGAAGCAAGAGCGUGAGCGAGUGCGAGGAGCAGCGGCGUCCGUCCUACUUGCAGCCGCAGAGGAUGGGCGCCUCGAGCAGGCACUGAGCCGAGAGCAGCAAAAGAAGGAAGAUCGCGAACGGUUACGCAAGGCAACAGCAGCGAGUAUACUUGCAGCUGCAGAGGAUGGGCGACUGGAGCGCACGCUAACGGCAGAGCAGAACAAGAAGGAAGAUCUCGAGCGAGUGCGAAAGGCAACAGGUGCGAGCCUUCUGGCUGCUGCUGAGAGUGGAAGAUUGGAAGCAGUACUGGCUCAAAAAGGCCGAGAAGUGGAGAUUGACCGAGUUCGCAAGAAGAUUGCCGAUGGAUUGCUGCUUGCAGCUGAUGAUGGAACGCUUGAAGAAGCACUGGAACGCACCAUGCGGAAGGGCAGCGACAAGCCGAUGGAGGACAUUCAGACUGUAUAG